CUUAGAUUACAUCUGGGAGGGAUCCCCUUCCUGAGAAUACAGCGUUCUGCAGUGAGCAACAGGAGAAAUAGUUUGCUGGUCAGGGGAGAAACUACAGAGGGAGCAGCCAGACACACGCCAAAGAAAAACAUGUCACUUAAUCCUGGAGAGAGGAGUUCACCACGGACAGAGCUGUUUGAUUUUCAUGGCGUUUCAAUGAUUCAUUAUUUCACGGACAACUGGGAAAAUGUUCAAAACUUUCAGGCCAGACCAGAUGACAUAGUCAUUGCAACAUAUCCCAAGGCAGGAACCACCUGGGUGUCGUACAUCCUGGACCUGCUGUAUUUUGGUCAGACAAAUUCGGAGCGCCAGUCAACCAUCCCCAUCUAUAACAGAGUGCCUUUUUUGGAGAUUAUCUUGCCUGGUGUACCUAAUGGAAAAGACCAGGCAGACAACCUCUCCACCUCUCCUCGACUCAUAAAAACUCAUUUUCCAGUCCAGUUUAUGCCAAAGUCCUUUUGGGAGCAAAACUGCCGGAUUGUCUACGUAGCCCGCAAUGCAAAGGACAACAUGGUGUCUUAUUUCCAUUUUAAUCGCAUGAACGCAAUCCAACCAGAGGCUGGAGACUGGGACAGCUUCUUUCAAAACUUCAUGGAUGGAAAGAUGGUGUUCGGCUCAUGGUAUGACCAUGUGAACAACUGGUGGAAGAAGAAAGAGACCUACUCGAAUCUCCACUACAUGUUCUUUGAAGAUAUGGUUGAGGAUACCGGACGGGAAAUAGAAAAACUCUGCUCCUUUCUCGGUUUGACUCCUUCAACUGAAGAGAAGAAAAAAGUCCAAAGUGGAGCGCAGUUUGAUAACAUGAAAAAGGAUGAGAUGGCCAACUAUUCUACUCUCCCAGUUAUGGAUUUCAAGGUUUCCCCCUUCAUGAGAAAAGGGAAGGUUGCUGACUGGAAGAAUCACUUCACCGUGGCUCAGAACGAAGCAUUUGAUGAAGACUACAAGAAAAAAAUGAAGGAUCCCACAUUGCAGUUUCGCACAGAAGUCUGAAUAAGCCUGCAUGCAUUGUUUAAAUGCGUGAGGAAGGCUCCAUGAUGGAAUUGAUUAGGAAUUCUUGGGACACAAUAAGGUGUACCAUAAUCUAAAAUUUGAUAAAAGAGGUGUACAUAUUUGUUUCUUCUUCCAGUAA